UCAAAUGGGUGACGUGGCGAUUUCCCACAAUUGCCUCCAACAACAGCUCACAAUUUGGCAACGACAGCACUCUUCAAUUGUUCUGCGUCGGUACCUUUUUUGUCUAUAGUCAUCAGCUCCCUCUUGCAAAUAAUCUAUGCUGGCAACCCAAAAGGAUUGAAUGAAUCAGCAGUCAGAGCUUGCUUUUGCUUCGAUUUGAUUUGGUUGCCAUAACACAAGCUCUCGUAGCUUCGGACCUGUUUUCUAGAUCACACUGAAAGCACAAAAUUGAAACGACAAAGAGUGAAAGAAAAGGAAUAAAGAACACAAGCAGCAGAACAACUAAUUAUGAAAUACUCGUCCGUAGCACUCGCAGCAGCAUUGGUGCUGGCGUGGUCUGCCGACAAUGCUGCCGCAUUCACCACGACUUCCAACACUGUCCCGGUUACAGCAUCUCACCACCAACAAAUGUCGACACUGCUGUUUGCUUCCACCAUGGACGAAAGCAAGACGGAACAAAAGAACAACGAGCCAAUCAAUGGAAGCACCGACGACAGCCCAUCCUUUGCCGAUCGUUUCACCAAUUCGGGGGUAGCUUCGGCAGCCGCCAUGGCCACGGCUGCCGUUAAUGCUGCUGUAUCCAUGAAAACACUGGAAGCACCCGAUGUGGAUAAGAGCUACAUUUCACUCGAUAGCAAUGCCGCUGCAGAACUCGACGACGAAGGGUUGCCGCGGGUCUACGACAAGGAUCUCAUUGAAAAAUACUGGGAUAAGGAACGGGGAGCACUGAAUCGACGAUGGGGAGAAUUCGUCGGCAAGGCGGUACCCUUUCUCACCAAAUUGACCACCUUGUUCAUUCGGGAUGGAAAAAUACAGGACAAGGAAAUUCCGGCACUCAGCAAACAGGCACGCGUUGAUUUGCAAGAUCUGGGAGCUACCUUUAUCAAGGCGGGACAAAUGAUGUCGGUACGACCCGAUGUAUUGCCGCAGCCGACGUUGGAUGAAUUGGCCAAGCUACAAGAUUCCGUGGUGCCAUUUGAUACUACGAUUGCCGUAGAACAGAUUGAACGAGAACUGGGAGGACCAUUGGGACAGUUCUUUACGUCCAUAUCAGAGGAACCCGUGGCGGCUGCCAGUCUGGCACAGGUUUAUCUGGCAACUUUGAAUGACGGAAAGGAUACCAAAGUGGCCGUCAAGGUACAAAGACCCGAGGUCUUGGGAACUGUAUCCAAAGACUUGUACGUGCUGCGAAGAGCUGCCGAAGUCUUUCAAGGACUCGUAGAACGAUUUGCACCACAACAACGAACCAACUAUGUGGCCCUCUUGAACGAGUGGAGUAUUGGAUUUUACACCGAACUGGAUUUCAACAACGAAGCACAAAAUCAACAACGAUUGAGACAGAUUCUUAUUGACAACAAUAUUCAAGGAGUCGUCGUGCCCAAUGUAUUCGAGGAACUCUGUACACGACGAAUCUUGGUCAGUGAAUGGAUGGAGGGAAAGAAACUUAGUGAGUGCAGUAAGGAACAAAUUGCAGAAGUCACUCCCUAUGCACAAGAGGCAUUCCUGGUGCAGUUGUUUUCAGAGGGGUUCUUCCAUGCGGAUCCCCACCCUGGAAAUAUCUUGUACCUGAAUGAACCAACGGAAGAGGGCCACAAGGUUGCUCUCAUUGAUUGCGGGCUCAUGGCCAGCAUUGGCCCCGCUGAUCGCGACAACAUGAUUUCAGCCGUAAUUCAUUUGGCCAACAAGGACUAUGCCAACUUGGUAGAUGAUUUCAUCAAAUUAAAGAUCCUACCCGAGGAUACCAACCGAGCAUCGGUUAUUCCCCUCAUGGACAAGGCCCUGAGUCCGUAUGUCAAAGGAGGAGGAGCCAAAAAGUACGAAGAGGAGUUACGAAAGCUGUACGGGAUGGAAGAUGUCAGCAAUAUGCAAAGUCAGGUGGGAGGAUUCCAAGCCAUGACACAGGACGCUUUGACAGUCCUCAACGAUAUUCCGUUUUCCAUUCCACCCUACUUUGCCAUUCUUGGAAGAGCCAUUGUCACACUGGAAGGAGUAGCACUGACUGGAAACCCCAACUAUGGAAUCAUCAUGGAGUCUUUUCCCUUCAUCAGCCGAAAGUUGCUGUCGGAAGAUCGUCCCGAGAUUCAACGAGCAUUGCAAGAAGUCUUGUACACUGGAGAUAACGAUUUGGACGACACUCAGGGCCUCAAGCUCUCCCGAUUGCUAUCGCUUCUGAACAACGCUGCCGGAUCGACCGUGGCCAAGGAAGGUGCCGCCUUUGUGGACCUGGAUGCUGUCCCCGAAGAUGGUCUUUCGUUUGCCAAGGGACUCAAGUUUAUUCUGUCCGACCGGGCCGAGAGUUUGCGCCGUCUUUUGGAACCCGAAGUGGAUACCAUCUUGGACGUUCUGUCUCGACAAUUGUUUCGCAAGGCAGCCAACGAAGCCUUGAUUGCGUUUACUCCUCCACGACCACCGGCACUUCCCUUUUUGGGUGACAUUUUACCACCCACCCCCAAACUGGAUGAUAUCCCACUUCCGUUUUUGCUGCCCAGUGGUAGUGGCGACGAUGGUCUCGGACGGCCCUCGGUGGCGGUCAUGACCUGGUCGGACUUGACGAAUGCCGUGGCUCCGAAACUGGAUCAAGAUGAGGAAGUCUACGCGAUUAGUUUGAGCGACGGUGCCCGUGAAUUCUUUGGAGAGGAUGUGGCCGCCUUUGUCAAGGGCGAAGGCGUGUUGAGCGCCAAGACUGCCGAGCUUGUGCUGACAGCGUUGCGAUCGGGAGCUUUUGGCCGAAGCGACAUUUUGAGUUCCGAUACGGCGCAACAAGUGGUAGACGCGGCCAGUUCGAUUGUUUCGCAAGUACGAGGAUCGAGCUCGCAAACGACCGAGUUUUCCGCCGAGUUGGACGCAGCUCUGUCGGAGCUAAAUGAGGAGGAACGGGCUCAACUGGACUCGAUUGUGGCGGAGCUUGUGCAACGUGGAAUUCGUCGUGUGUUGGGCCGACUGUCCUCUGUGAACCGUGUGCUCUAGAUGCUCUAGCUAGAUGCCCUUGCUUGCUACCGCCACCGGUAGCUAUAGAAGGAAGGGUGACACGGAAUCAUGUACAUAAUCAAAGAAAGGAAAGCAAGCAGAAUGCAAUGCGAGAACACAGCAACUAGAACAUAGGCCAGCAUACACAAUACAUGUACAAAUAAAUAAAGCAAAGAACAGUAACUGGUCUUUCAUAUUAUU